AUGUCUUUCUCUUCUUUCUAUUCUCAUUCUCCAUUACUAUUCAAUAAGGAUAUAAAACUCUGUAGGACAGUUGGACAAGAGAAGCUGUGUUUUCCUUUCUCUAUCAGGAGUAAUGAUGUUGACCCAUGCACGCGACGCAUUUCGAGAAGUAGAGCCGGCUUAAGUGGAGAUUGGAGUUUCAUAGGAGGAUCCAAAAUUGUCCUAAAACCUAAAGCUACAACGUCGUUUCGCAAUCCAAAAAGAAGUCAAAUACAUGCUUCAUGGUUCAUAGGAUCUCAACUCGCUAGCACUGUGUUUACAUGGGGAACAAUCGCAGUACUCCCGUAUUACACGCUUAUGGUUUUCGCCCCGAAAUCCGAGCUAACCAAAAAGUCUAUGGAAAGUAAUUUACCGUAUGUAGUCCUCGGCAUUCUAUACGCUUAUUUGUUGUUCCUUUCUUGGACACCUGAAACGACUCGGUUGAUUUUUGCGAGUAAAUACUUACUACCUGAGCUUAGUAGCAUAGGAAAAAUGUUCUCUAGUGAGUUGACUUUAGCCUCUGCUUGGAUUCACCUUUUGGUUGUUGAUCUUUUUGCUGCAAGGCAUAUUUUCUGCGAUGGAAUGGUGAAUCAGAUUGAAACUCGGCAUUCGGUUUCCUUUUGUUUGUUCUUCUGCCCUAUAGGGAUUCUUACUCAUAUCAUUACCAAAGCAAUGUCCAAAACUACAAGAACAGAGGGUCAUGGUUUAUAA